AGGAGGCUGCCCAGCUGGAAGAGUGGCUACCCGGCUAGUGUGGACUCCAGCAGUGAUCUAUUUUCCUUUUCUGAAGGUGAGAACAAGGAGACAGACAGACGUUGCUGGAAACACCAGCACUGUCCCGGGCAUACCAUCCACCCCUUCUCGGACUGUGGCCAUCACAACAGAUGUAUGCACGCUGUCAGCCAAUGCGACUGUGAAUCUAGGUGUAGAAGCCACAGGCCUGUCUCUGUGGCAAUAAUUUACCAUCCCACCCACCAUAUGUAUAUGACAGAUGACGAUUUGGAAGAGAACUGGGUUUCCAGCAAAAAUCAUUUAAGUCCCAGUGCCAGACCUGAUGACCCAAACACAGGGUCAGCUACUGAGGUUCCUGACUUAUCAGUGCCCAUCACUAUCUGGCGUUCUGAAAGCCCCAUAGAAAAGUGUCAGGAAAGCAAGGUCAUCAAGAAUAUAAAGAAAAAGGAGAAAGAGAAAGACGAGGAGACGGUGGAUGAAAAGGCAAACUCGAAGAAAAAAGGCAAGGGCAAGGCUAAGAGGAAAACCCCAGUGAAGUCGGAGUCUUCUCCUGCAGACCUGAGCCAAUCCGCAAGCCCCAGAGGACCAACAAGGACACCAGAGUCUAGCCCAGAAAGCAGGGGAGGGCCGGAGAGCGAGGGCAGUUGUGAACGGGGUAAAGGAAGGCCCUCCAGUGAAGAUGCUGUAGAGUCAUCGUCCCCCAGAAAGAAAGAGAAGACAUCAUCUGGCCAGGCCAAAAAGAAUGGGACAAAGAACGUACAAACCCAGAAAACGAGCAAAAGAAAAUCUCCCCCAGUGCCCAACCCCAAUCUCAGUUGAGGCUACGGCAAACAGAGUGAAUAAUAAAUCAAGCCUGUAACUGACCCCUACUGCUAUUCUCUCUCCCUUCAACAGGGCCUCCUCUUAUGGGAGGUGGCUGGCUCUGGGGCUACAGGGAUUCUCGAAGGGCAAUCCUGCUUUCAAGGAGGAAGUAUAUGUCUAUGGGAAGUUAAACAGGAGGGAGAGAGAACAUCUCUUAGGACUAGGUGGAAGAAUCUAUUUGGGGAGUGGGUAGGAGGUGGGAGAACACUGUUGUCAAAUCCAUUCUGUGGUGGGCAGCACUAUGCAAUGCUACCUUCAAUAAACUGAACCUGCCACU